UUUUCCCAUGUUCUGUAAUUAAAAAAGCGAUACGCUGCUGCUGCUGAGCAAUAUUCCCUUCUGUAGCUAUUACAAAUUAUUCAAAUAUUUGACAUUUUCCAUGCAGUAACCUACUUUUCCAGAAAAUGCCCCGCCCCCCUGGACACAACAGUUAAAUGGGAAAAAGCCCCCAUUUUGCAGAAGGGCUGAACUUUUCUUACAGGAUCUGCUUUUAAACGAGAAAACGUCAUGGAGAUGUAUUUGAUUUCAGUCAUUUUUGCAAGUAUCCUCAUCAUACCGUUCGCAAUCAAAACUUUGUCCCCAUAUCUUUGGUUGGAUAUUCUGUAUUUAGGGCAUAUGCUGCACAUUGUAGUAAAGUGUGUCUCGAGGCGAAGGAGACCUUGCUUCUUUGUUUUGGACCGUUUCUUGGAGCAGACCGCUGCGCAUCCAGACAAACUGUUCAUUGUCUUUGAAAAUGAAAACUACUCGUUCACUUACACAGAUAAAAGGAGCAACAAAACAGCCAACGCGCUUCAGUCUCACCCUAAUUAUAAAGCUGGGGACACCGUCGCACUUUUCAUGGGAAAUGAACCCGCCUUCAUCUUUACCUGGCUGGCCAUGGCUAAAUUAGGCUCUCCUGUGGCUCUUCUCAAUCACAACAUCCGCACCAAGUCUCUGCUGCACUGCUUUAACUGCUGCAAGGCCAAAGUGUUGAUAGCAGCCUCAGAGUUAAAGGAAGCAGUGGAGGACGUGCUGCCCUCGCUGAUUGAGCAGGGUGUCACCGUCCUCCUGAUGACCAAACACAGUGACACACCUGGGAUUGAGGGCUUUUCUGAUAAAGUUGACGAGGCAUCAGACCGCCCACUCCCUCGAUCCCUCAGAUCACACAUCACAUUCAAAAGUCCUGCAGUUUAUAUUUACACCUCGGGAACUACGGGUCUCCCUAAGGCAGCGGUGGUCAAUCAGAACCGGCUCUUAACAGCUCUGCCUGUGUUAUCUUCAAACGGUGUGAUGUCUAGUGAUGUCAUCUACCUCUACCUGCCUUUGUGCCACACAGCUGGAUUCAUUAUAGGCUUUAUUGGCUCCUUUGAGACAGGGUCAACUAUUGUUCUGAAAAGGAAGUUCUCUGCCUCUCAGUUUUGGAAUGACUGCAGGAAAUACAGAGUGACGGUCGUGCAGUACAUCGGAGAGGUGAUGCGUUACCUCUGUAGCACACCGAAGAGAGAAAAUGACAAGGACCAUGAGGUAAAACUGGCCAUUGGCAACGGUGUCAGAGCAGAGGUAUGGAGAGAGUUUCUAAAUCGCUUUGGGAACAUUCGGAUCCGAGAGUUUUACGCCUCCACCGAGGGAAAUGUGGGAUUUUUCAACUACGUAGGGAAAAUUGGAGCUGUUGGACGAGUUAACUUUUUUCAUCGGAUGCUGUUUCCCUACACUCUGGUUAAGUAUGACACAGAGCGGGAUGAACCGGUUCGAGAUACUAACGGCCUUUGUGUGGAGUCGCCCAAAGGUGAGACGGGACUGUUUGUGUCGAAGAUCACAGACAUCGCUCCUUUCGUCGGCUACGCUGAGAAUGAAGAACAGACGGAGAGGAAAAGACUUCAUAAUGUUCUCAUGAAAGGAGAUCUUUACUUCAACAGUGGGGACUUAAUGAGGAUCGAUAAAGACAACUUCAUUUACUUCCAGGAUCGUGUAGGUGACACAUUCAGGUGGAAAGGUGAGAAUGUGGCCACAAACGAGGUGUCUGACAUCCUGACCAUCAGUGACUGUAUCAAAGAAGCCAACGUUUAUGGAGUCCAAGUGCCAGGGCAUGAGGGGCGGAUAGGGAUGGCAGCUGUCACUGUGAAGGAAAGUGCCCAGUUUGAUGGAAGUAGAAUAUACAACCAUGUGGUUAGCUACUUGCCUUCAUAUGCCCGACCUCACUUUAUAAGGAUACAGAAUGCCGUGGAGGUGACGGGGACUUUCAAGCAGAUAAAGGGGAAGUUGGUGGAGGAGAGCUUCGAUCCAGAGCGUAUCCAGGAUCCUCUUUACAUCCUUGACAAUGAAGAGAAGAGUUACAUACUGCUGACGGCUCAGGUCUACACCGCCAUCAUAUCAGGAAACCUCAAACUAUGAGUAAGCUCUCAGUGUUCGCUAUUUAGUCCUACUGCAUUGAUCUUGAACUCAGCUCAGUGACUGAACAAAUAUUUGUAUUAAUAUUCAAGUGUGUAGUAAAAUAAUGGAGACUUAAACGUCUUCAUUAAAAGCAGUAGAUGGGAAUCAGUAGUGUAGGAUUCAUUUGUAAGGAUUCAUGUCGGGUGGAGUCGGCCCGCAAGAUAAUAUAAAUGUAUAUAAUGAUCUAUUUACGCACAAGUGGUGAUAUAAAAUGUAUAUAUACAAGCCUGAUUACUGCUUUCCAGGCUUUCCGUUUUGACUUUAUUCAGUCUUAGUGUUGAGAAGUGUUGCUGUAUGUAUGGAUAAACAAAUAAACAGUGUAGUUUAAGGAGCAAACUUUAAGAUGGAGGCUUUUGGACUUUCCCUCACAGGUACUAUCUGAUGUACAGAAUAUUUUUUGUUUAUAGGGAAGACAUGAGUAGCAAGAGUUACAGAACGCAUGUAGAAAAGGACCUAAUGCGAAUUUUAUAUUUCUGUGCCAAUAUCUGUAAAUGUACAUUCCUUUCUUAAAGAUUAAAGUGAUUAUUUCAAUAAAGCCAGAACUAAUUCUCAUG